AGAACAAAUGUCCUCCAUAACAAAGAGUCGCCGGCUAGCAUGGGUUGCUGCUGUAAGACGGCCAAAUAUAACUUUCGACUCAAUCCCAGUGUCCAUGAGAGUGUGUUCCCGGCAUUUUCAUUCUGGUAAGUUACAUAACAUACUGUUUUUAUUCAUGUAUCAUUUCAAGUAACCGUUGUUGGCUGAUCUGUAGCAUGUAGCAUGAGCUGAAGUAGGGUUGUGUUCCAGAGGGUUAGCCAGGUCCACUGAAACACAAAACAGUUGUCCUACUCCGUUUAUUUUGUCAUUAUUUUGUCAUUAGUAGUUUAUAGUAGGGUUAAUAGUUUUGGUUGUUUCACCAGGAAAGCCAGUAGAUGCAAUGUACACCUCCCAUCCGGAUUGGGCACCAUCACUGCACCUGGGACACACUGAAACAAAGGCCACAGAAACGGCACGCUUUGAGAGACAGCAAGCAAGGAAACGCCGAAGGACUGAGACCACAUCAGCAGUGGAUGACACAGUGAUGCCUGAGACAACCAUUGACACACCAGCUGAAGAUUCACAACAUGAAGCUGAACCGGGACCGGAGACAGAAUGUGACCUCUGCCAGAAACGGCGCGAUGAAAUCAACCGUCUGCUGGAGGAGAACAGGGCCCUGAAAUUAGAGCUUGGUCAGAAAAAAAUGGAUGAAGAUUCCCUGAAGGGUGAUAAUGUGAGGCUGAGGUAUUACACUGGACUACCAAGUGCAAAGAUUUUCAUGUCUCUCUUAGCCACUCUUCUGCCACUCAUGACACGAAGCAGUAGAGUACUGUCACCCUUUCAAAUGCUCAUCCUCACACUCAUGCGCCUCAGACUGAACUUGCCGAUGCAACAUCUAGCCUACGUCUUCAGUGUUGACAGGACCACCAUCUCCAGAACCUUCAAUAGCAUGGUAGAACUUUUGUACUGCACCAUCACACCUCUGAUCGUCUGGCCAAGUCGAGAGGCCCUGUACACCACUAUGCCCCAUCAGUUUGUGGAAGCCUUUGGAAAUCGUGUUGCUGUUAUUGUGGACUGCUUUGAAAUUUUCAUAGAGAGACCAUCAAAUCUUACUACUCAAGCUCAGGCUUAUUCAAACUACAAGCACAACACAACUAUGAAGUACCUUAUUGGUAUUACACCAUACGGGACCAUUUCUUUCAUUUCCAAGGGUUGGGGGGGGCGCAUCAGUGAUAAGCAUGUCACAGAGAACUGUGGUAUUCUUGAUAGAUUACUACCCAGAGAUGUAGUGUUGGCUGAUCGGGGCUUUGAUAUUUCUGAAAGUGUGGGACUUAUGUGUGCAGAGGUAAAGAUCCCUGCCUUCACAAGAGGACAUUGUCAGCUGGAAGCAAGAGAUGUGGAGAGCACAAGAAAACUCGCCCAUCUCAGAAUUCAUGUGGAAAGGGUGAUUGGGGUUGUUCGGAACAAGUACACACUGUUGUCAGCAAAACUACCGAUCAGCAUUGUGUUGCCAUGUGAUGGUGAAGACGUAACAUUUCUGGACAAGAUUGUUUCUGUGUGUUGUAGUCUUACAAACAUGAGCAAGAGUGUUGUGUAAAGUUGAAUGUGUCCACAAUAAAAUGCCAUGACACACAGCCAAAUUUGAGUGCCUUUCUUUUUUA